UCCAGCAGGCAGAUCAGUCGUCAGUCUGAGAGAAGAGAACCAGCAGCAGGAGACAGAGCAGCCUCCUCUCGUCUCAAAUGACAAACUCUCAUCCCCCCUCUCUCCAACUCCUCUGAAACAACUCUCAACCUCCCGGUCUCCUUCGUCGUAACCCCCUCUUCCUUUUUUCAGUUGCACCUAUUUUUUUUUCUUUCUUUCUACUUUGUCUAACCCCUGCGCACCGCUCAACACCCCCAGAGAUGUGACUAGAUUAUGAGGACCCCCUGCCAGCGGUGACUUGUCUCCUCCGUGCUUCAGAGAACCGAACAUCCUCAUCUUCCACCCCCAAUUUUUUGGACGUUCAUCUGCCUUUCAGUAAUGUAGGAGAUGAUGCACUGUCAUUUCAGCGACGAGGAUGCCAACUACAUGCCUUGUUUUUGCUAUCCGCACCUUACAUCUUUGUCUUUACAGCCGGUGGGGAUAUGAAAGAUUUCCGUGAAGGCAAAGUUUGAGGGUACCUCUGUCGGUUUCCCGCUCACCUGUCCUCCUGCACGCGCGAUCCCCUCUCCGUUUAACUGAUAACGAGGAAGAUUAUCACCAAAAGAACAAUUGACAAGCAACUUCAAAGAGACCUGACUAUUGUUCUGGUAAUUUGAGUGGGAUUUGGCAGCGUUGUUGGAGGAAUUUGAUGUGCGCAACGUUGAAGGAUAUGGCUUAAAUAAUGGUUGCGUUACUGACAGCGGGAGUAAGGUCCGUCACUUGAGUGUUUUUAUCAGCUAUUGUCGACUUUGGAGGAAACCCAUCUAAAUGGGAGGAUACCUGGAGGACUGAGUCGGAUUCGGCAGUCGAAAAAAAUGUGGCUAAAACGGAGUGUUGCGCGCAGUCCGUCUGCUUUGAGGCCAGGCAGCUGUGUGGGGCACCGGGUGUGGCUCCUGCUGGCCAUGACCCACCUCACCCUGGACUUCUCUGUGUGCAGCCCCCUCAGUCAGGGUAUGGGGGUCAAACUCACGCCUAAAUCGGUGCCUCGCUCUCGACCUCGCUGGCAGCCGCUCUGGGACAUACCCAACAAGCUUCACUGGAGAACAGUGAGCCCGUUGGCCCGCCGCCUCCUCAACCCUAUCCCUCCACCACAAGACAACAAGGCAGGGAUAUGGCCAAAAGUCAAGGGUCAAAAGCAUCGGAAGCCAGCACAUAAGGGACAAGCAGUGUGUAAGGAGUGCCGGUUGAGAUACUCUCAAAUGGAGACAGGUGAUCCUUUGGCUGUAAUAGCGAAAGCUCCAGCAGCUUUAUCCAGAGGGAGCAGAGGAGACUCAGUGAGGUUGUUACUUAGAGCCAGAAGGCAGCUGAAAUGGGACAGUUAUGACAAGUCUCAGGAGGGCCGGACUACCACAGUGGCCGGAUUUAUCGACUGGGGACCCACAGGGACAGAUAGCAUAGACGACGACGGAAAACCGGAGCCCAACAUAACGCUGUCCACCAAGGUCUCAACUACCACAGUGGCCACAACUACUAGCACUACUACCGGGCUCUCCCAAAGGACGUUCACUGUGGUGACCACACCAGAGCCCAAGAGGCUAAGCACCACCAAGGCCACUGGCGGUUUCGGAGAGACUGUCAAACCACCAAAGCCAUAUGGGGAAACACCAGGUUUGGCAGUCCACCAGAUAAUCACAAUCACUGUGUCUCUCAUUAUGGUUAUCGCAGCCUUGAUUACAACACUCGUCCUUAAAAACUGCUGUGCGCAGUCUGGAAAUGGCCGCCACAAUAGCCAUCAGCGCAAGAUCCACCAGCAGGAAGAAAGCUGCCAAAACCUGACAGACUUCACCCCAGCCCGAGUGCCCAGCAAGGUGGACAUAUUCACUGCCUACAAUGACAGCCUGCAGUGCUCACAUGAGUGCGUUCGGACUGCCGUGCCCAUCUACACUGAUGAGAUGAUCCAGCAGACGCCUGUCUACAAGACUGCUUACAACGGAAACAGGCCCUCCCCCACUGAACGACAACUGAUUCCUGUGGCCUUUGUGUCAGAGAAAUGGUUUGAGAUCUCUUGUUGACGAGCUGAAGGCCUUGUUCACUUCCUGUGGAUGAAAGAGACUUCCCGAAUUCAAGCUCUGGAUCCAGUUGGAAACAAGAAACACACAAAACAGCUUUUUUGUAAAAUAGUGUGAUCACUCUUUGGACACUGGUGAAGAUAUUUAUUUUUCUAGAGAUCACAAGCAGAGCAGCCACAACGCUGCCACUCCAUAUUUCCAGAAACGUACAGUCAUUUAGAUAUAGAUUAUAUAUAGGUAUAUUUACAGGAUUGUGGGACAAGACUGUGAACGUCACAGAUGUCUCAAGGAAAACAUUUGACAUUUGAAAAGAAAUGAACCCAAGGAGCUGCUGUGGGUGAAGGAUGAACUGUAUUUCUGAACAAUGUGCCAAUAAUGCCACUAUGUGCCACAACCUGGAUUAAAGGAAGUUUCAACAACUGAUGGACUAAACAAAGAGCGCUAUAUUAACCCUGUAUCGACUUCAACUACAUUGUUUCUUUUUGUUUUUUUAAAGAAAUGUGAAAGAUAAAAAAAUGCUACAAAUGUAUUUGAAUAUGUUUUGAAAUAGUUUUAAGAAAUGUGUUGCAAAAGAGUCUAAAAGAUAUUUAUAUGAAGCACUAUUGUAUUAGUUUGGGAAAAGAGAAGAUGGAAAAAAAGAAACGGUAUAUGCUUUAGUGAACAGUUGAUUUUAAAACAUUGUUUCUAUAGGUCCCAUUUUAAACAGAAUAAUUAUGUCUAUUUUUUUACACAGUAUAGUCUGCCACAGCCCAAACAGUGGAGGUCCGAAGCUCUUGGGAUUCAGCACUGUUAAUUAAAUACUCCCACCCGAGCCGAGAUUAUAACAAAGAAAACCAUCUGAAAUACACCUGGUGUAAGCCAAACCACCACCUGCGCCAAUUGCUUAUUGUGUAAGAUUUGUACCUGAUUUGGCUUCAUGGAAAAACUGUUGCAACGAAUCCCAUAGCAGCAAAAUCAUGACUAGAUUGGGUAUGGAUAGCCACAACAGACUGCAUGGAGAUGGACAGGACAUUCAUACUGCCUCAGGUCUGUCUAGCUCGCUUGCACACUUGUGCCAUGUUGGUCUCAGUUUCAGCAGCUGUUUGGGAUAAAUUCUAAUGACUAGUUAUGAUUUUGAUCUGAGCCACAGCGCUAAAAGGUUGGAAUAGAUUCAAUUUGAGCUUCAAAUUCAAAAUAAUUCAUGUGAUCAUUUGCAAAAGUACGAAAGAGAUUGAAAAGUUAACCCCUCCAGAGAUAGUAAAUUAUUAUCUCCACGCAACUCCCAAGAUUCACUUUUAAUAAAUUAUUUCUGAAACCUAAGUCUUAAUUAUAAUCAGUAGGGAUGCACCGAUACCGAUGCCAGUAUAGGGGUAUCGGUCCGAUGCCGUGUCCGAUGUACUCGUACUUGUUGUCAUAAAAUUAUUCCGAUACUACAACACCUGAUACCACCUCAUAGCAAUGUGACAAUAACUUCUCCGUCAAGCAGGUAUAGGCAACGGAAGAGGAGCAAUGCCGGCCGCUUGGAGAUUUUUGACUGUAAAAAAAAAAUAACUAGGCUUUUGCCCAAUACAUGAUUGCACUUGAUGACCAGCCAUUGUCAGUCGUUAAUAAUACUGGGUUUCGACGUCUUCUCAGUGUACUGGAGCCGAGAGAUUCCCAGCCGUCACCACAUCACAGAAACUGUGUUUCCAAAGCUGCUCUGUGAAAAAGCACAUCAGCAGCCUGUUGCCUGUAAACUUCACCACUGAUAUUUGGAGUAGCGGUGUUAACCCAAUGUCUCUCAUCAGCUUAACAGGCAUAAACAUGAAGAAAGCGAUGUUUCAAUCUGCUCUGUCUGCAUGCAGUUUCUACAUAGCGCUGAUUUAACAACCACAGUGCUACUCUGUAAAUAGCGAUUUUUUUUUCACAAACAGGCUGAAACGAAAGCUCUUGGUGUGUAGUCUAAAUGUUUUAACUGUUGUAGUUUGCCACAAGUCUUUAAAUUUGGACAAAAUCUUGUGAACUUGCUUAGCAAACCAUCCUCUCCGCUAGAUCGGUAAAUCCACAUGGGUAGGUAAUAGGCACGUGAAUGACAUCAUCGGACUUUGUGUUCUUCGUUCUUUCUAAACUUCACUCAGUAUUUUGAUAUUAGGAAUUAUAUGAUUUAUUUUAUUGACACUAGCCCAGUAAAGUGUCCAGGCCCAGGCACUGAGCUUUGACUAGAAAAAAAGGCAUGGUACUUUGAAAAUACUGCUUUGCUCUAAUUGACAACAAUAUCAGAGAAGGCCAAAAUCAUCUGUGUGUCUGAAAACACCCUUGGACCCCAGAGCGAUUAAUAAGUACUCAAUUCGGUACUCGGUAUCGGCAAGUACUCAAAUGUAAAUACUUGUACUUGUACUUGAUCUUAAAAAAAGUGGUAUCGGUGCAUCUAUAAUAGUCAGAAAGUCAAGAAGAACAUAAACCAAUUUGUUGAAGCUGGAAUAUAAAAAUUAUCCACAGUUUUUCAACUAAGAAUGAAGACGAAGCAGUGAACGAAUUGUCCUUUAGGAUAAAGACAAUCUGCGCCAUGUGUUUAAAAUGCAAGCAGGGAGGAAUUCCAUCGCCGAAUGUGUGGUAGGGGUUAGUUAGCUCUCUCCAGAGCCAGAUCCACUCAAUACUUCUAUACAAUAUUUCUAGCAUAUCAGAAUUUAAGAUAUCGCAGCCAGGAAGUUGGGGGUUGUGCACAAAUAGAUUGUUUUAAUUCGUGCCAAAGGAAGCAGAGGGAAAAAAUACGAAACAGACUCAUGAGAAAGAAGAGUUUAAUUUUGUUCUUUCAAAGACCCAAAAACACUCCGUCAGUGUAUUGUUGAAGGAAGGCGAUUAUGACAAGCCAAUCAGCCGCUGCCAAAUUGCUUUAAACUAUCUCCUAUGUCAAAGUGAGGGAACUCACCUCCCAUAGUCAGGAAGGACAUUUAGGCUCUCCUGCGAGCAUUCUAGCCCCAAAAAUUGUAUUAUCAACCUCCAGCUCUGAAAAACAGAUUACCUUUGUGCUCCAAAGCCACCUAUGAAUCUACCUUUUAAUGUGCUGUGGGUUUGUACAAAGCACAAAUACAACUGUAAUUGUAAACAUUUUUGGGUUGCAGACAGCAAUAUGUACAGAUUUAAAAGGUGGAUUUUACUGUGUGUCGACAGUGGAGCUCCAGUAAUUCGCUUAGGUUGUUUUCAGGCUUGUACUCACUUCCUUAAAGGAUUCAAGGAAACAGGUUGUCCCAGUGAGAUCAGUAUCUGUAAAAGUGAGCCAUUCAGGAGGUGCCAAGACAGCCUGGGUUAAACACUGUGGUGCAAAACUCCUGCUUUUGCCCAUUCACAACAUGAAAACCACUCUCAUGAAUGACCCAUACCAAUUCAGCCUCACGUGUGUGUGUCAGGCUGCGGAGUUGCUUCUUUGACAUAACUUUUUUUUUUGAAUGAAGAGUGCUAUCUUAAUAGUCAGAGGGUUACGAAAACUUACUGUAUAUUAUACACGUGUAAAUGUAUUUUCUAUAUAUUUGCUUCUAUUUGUGUACAGGUGUGUUCUAUUUUUCAGGACCUCUCCCAUUUUUGGGAAGGUUUCAGCUAGGUCGGGGAUAGUGUCUUUGUUUACAUGUGUAACUAUGGUAUUUCUUUUAAAACACAAAACUAACCUUGUGCCAAGCUUCCUACCUGCACUUUCAAGCAGUACUUGCAUUAUAUCUUUAGCUAACCAGUAUAAUACUUCAGUAGACGCUGCAAUAGUUGAGAGACUGAGGAGAGAUUUCCAGGUGGAAUGUCUGAAAGUACUGAGUGGUUCGAAGAGGUGGUGCGAUCAUAUGUUGGGUUCUGCUGUGUUCAUGGUUGGCUGGGAAACCAAGAAAUUUCUGUUCUCAAACAUCAUUUCUACAUUAAUUAUUAUAUUGAGUGUUUCAUCACAUGAAUACAAAAAAACAGUGUAAAUCCAACAGUAGCUGCCAAGAAACCAACUAAACUUGAUCUAGACUAAGUUGCAUUCAUUUAUUUUAUUUUGUAUUUGUAUAUACAUAUUGUUACAACUGCCCCAGAAAAUGUAUGAUUUGUCACAUACUUAUUGUAUUGACUGCAAAAAAAUAACUAUAAUUAAUAUUAGCAUUUAUGAGCAUAUGAAACAAUCAGGGAGACGUCUCAAGGAAGAAUUGAGAAAGGAAGAUGGUUUUUGCUGCAACUGCUAAAUUGACCUGGUUAAAAAAAGAUCAGAGUUAGGCACAAUUAUGUGGGAAGCCAUUCACUUUUUUCAUUUACUAAAGUUUUUAAAGGAUGAUUCUGGUUUACUUCAACUUGGGCCUUAUUUCUAGCCAUGAUACCUGUUACCUGAUAUCUGGUGUCAGUCCACCACUGUGGCGCAGACUGUAAUAUAGGACCUAUCUAUCUGAUGAAUUGCUAUAAAAUUUGGUAAAGAUAUCCAAAGUGCCCACAGGAUAAAUCCUAAUGACUUUGGCAAUCUCUUGACUACAGUACCAACGCAAAUGAUUUACAAGGUAAACAGUAUACCUGCUAAACAUCAGCAUGUUAGCAUUGUCAUUGUGAGCAUGCUGACGUUAGCAUUUAGCUAACCACUCUGCUCACGGCAGCAUAGCUUUCGACACUUAGAAAUGUAAGCCAAAGCGACAACCAGACUAUCAGUUAGGAUGACAUUGUACACACCAAGUAAAUUGCAGGGAUCUGGGAACACGGCAACGACGCUAAAAUUAAGUCCAACGGGGUAAAACUGUGUGUGCACACAACUACAGCACAACUAUGGCAAGUACAGUUAGUCAAAGUUAAUCCUUGAAAUCUGUAAACUGAGGUGUGGUGGAUGUUUAAAAUGGUAUUUGUGUAAUAUUUUACAGUUCGCCUUUAUUUUAUCUUGCAAAUAAGUUUGGCUAACCUGGAGGUUUGUUUACAACCUGACUUGGUUGUGCCAUGUUGGACUGUUUUUUAUGUCGCUUUGUUCAAAGAUCUUAACAUUCAACUUUGUUGAGUACAAUGUCAUUAUUACUGACGGCAAUGGUGUCUAAAGAGAGGUAAGAACAUAAGACCCAAGUUGUACUAAACCUGAAUUAUCAUUUCAUCUUAAAUACUGAAGAUUGUGAGAGAUCUGGGCUUAAUUAUCAUGACCAUUUGUGAUCAUGCUGCUUCUUGGAAUUGCUGCGAACUGUUUCAUCAGAGAAGGUAGUUGUGGUUGCCAAGUUUCUGUACUGCUAACACUAUACCUGAUAAUUGUAAAAUAUCAAUGUGACCCGACUGAAAAAGGUUGAAAUUUUAUACCACGCUAAUAAUGAUCGUGUGAGACGGAUUUCUCAUUCUUUAUUGAACUAAGAUAAAAAUUGACGUUUGGAAUUUCUUUCUGUGUUUCAUACUGUGUGGAAAAGGGUUUCUAAGGCUUUACUUCUGUUAGCCUUGAAAAGUUUGUUUGCAUCCCUCAUUAAACCCACAGGGGCUGCCAGCUAAAAAAAUCACAUUGCAUUCCUAUUGGAUAUAUAACUUGCAGCUGUGAUAUAUAUUUGAAACAGGAUAUAUGGAGACAUCAGCAUACAUCAUUUUUCCUCAUUUUACCUCUGUCUGAAAUCAAACUGAUAUGUAAGGAAAUGCCUUACUGCGUUCUUGCCUUUUCAGUUUAUAUUUCAAGAUAGCUGAUGAGCGCGCUGUAUUAUAGCUAAGAGGGAGGAAAAUGAUUCCACUCCGCUGGUCAGACUUAAUUCAGGAAACAUUAUCUGAGUGCAGUGCAGGCAAAGGCAGGGGGAAUCGGGGGCUUGUAGAAAAGUCUUAAAUAGACACCAAAGACUUGACAUGCCUUUUUCACAGCGAAUGCAUAUUUUGCGGCUCCGGUUCUGUCUCUUCAGCAGCCCACGAAACCUAUGCUCCCCACAGCACAAACAAGCUAUCAAUCAACAAGGGUUUUCCUGUCAAAAUGAAGGAUGUGCCGCACACUCAUUUUCAGGGACUGUGAUUCCGGUUUGCAUGUCAGACAUACAGAGUGGAAGCUAUUGACACGUGUUUGCAUUAGAUGUUGGCUGAACAUGUCCAAGGCUGAGGAUUGUUUUAUCCAUAUCGUCGGAAGCAUUCAUGAGAGGAGAGGAAUCAAUGUAUCGACUCUGUUCAGUCUUGGCCUUUGGGUGUCUGAUUUAGCAUAUAGAAACAUGUUUCACAGCCAGCAUUGAUGGUGACGUGAUUUUCAUUUGAAGUAAAAGUCGAUAGCAGGUUGCUCAAAAAGCAAGGUGAGACUCAGCAGGAAGAAGGAAAUAUUUGAUCCAGCAACAAAAAGUUAAACUCAGAGUAAAGGACAAAGUGUAUAUUUAUAGACUGAUAUGUAUCUGAACUGAAUCCAUUUUUUAGCCGUCAGAAAACUGUAGCUCCUCAUACCGCUUCUUGUCAUCGUUUCAGAAAAUCACGUAAUGUGCGCUUACUGUAUCUAAAGUGGAGGGCUCCGACUCUCCUCUCGGGUCAUGUUUUUACUUUUCUAUUCACAAGAGCUAAGUCACUGUCACAGUCAGUGCGUAUCAAUACAGUCAAAAACUUGAAAAUAAGAAAAACAACACUUUGUUUGCAACAUCUCAAUUCUCCUAUAAUCCCCUUGCUAAAUGGAGACUAGCUGCGUGACCCAAAUCUGCCGUUGCAGGAUUUGAUUUGCAUAGAUGUUUGCUUGUUCCCUGAGUUGAUCAAAAUCAGUGGAUGGAGGUGUCCAAGAAAAAAAACAUCAUAAAAUCAUAAAAAACAUGUUUCAAUUUUUAGGGGUGAGGAAGUUGUAUAGGACUUUCUAAAAAAAAGUGUGUGUGUGUGUGUGUGUGUGUGUGUGUGUGUGUGUGGGGUUAUUUUUCACAUGUGGGCACACAGUGGUUUGUUCAUCGAAGCUGACUUACAAUCACAAUCCAUACCUACCAUGAAGGAACCUGACUCGAGUUGUGUUGUUGCCAUAAAAAUGAAGAGUUUGUACUUUGUGACUCUUAAAACUUUUUAUAUUUGUGUUUAAUAUAUCAAUGAGUACCUCUGUUAACUUUUGUAUAAGACCUAUAGUAUAUACAAACACACGUACACACACAACACACCUCCACAAAAGGGACUCCAGUCUGUCUCUGUGACGGCUAAAUGUUGUAUAACUUUUAUUUUGUGUCUUAUGAACAACAUCUCUUCCUUUUGUAGUUAUUGGUAAACGUUUCGAUUUCCAGGUGACUUUGAUUUGGUUACUCUUGUACUACUAAGCUCUGUAUUUGCAAGCACUGUAAAUGCGAUUCUCAUUGGAUUCGUCCUCUGUGCAUUUAGUACUCUGAUGUUGCUAUUAAUAAAAUGUAAAACAACA